UCCGCUAGGGCUUGACAUUGGUGUGGAAAGAUGGCUGCUUCGGCGGCAACGGCGAGUUCUCCCCCCGGUUUGUGUCCAAAUUACGCCGUGAUUUGCUCAUUCCUUGAGCGCUACGGAGCGCUGUUGGACUUACCGGAGCUCACCUUCCCUCAGCUGGAGAGAUACCUGCAGGACACAUCUUCAGUUCCAAAGCUGCUGGUUGAUCUUCAUGUCAAGUUGCUGAGGAAGAUUGGGAAGUCGGUUUCUGCAGACAGAUGGGAGAAAUACCUCGUCAAGAUAUGCCAGGAGUUCAACAGCACCUGGGCAUGGGAACUGGAAGAGAAGGGAUACAAGGAGCUGUCCAUGGAGUGCAAGACGGGCAUACUGAAAUAUUUAUGCGAGAUCCAGUUUGACGAAAACGUCAAGUUUAAAACAGCCAUCAAUGACGAAGAUCCGGAGAAAAUGCGUCUGCAGCCGAUCGGCCGGGACAAGGACGGACAGAUGUACUGGUUUCAGCUGGACCAAGAUGACAAUGUGCGCGUUUACCUGGAGGAGCAGGACGACUUGGACGGGGGGUCGUGGAAGUGCAUCGUCAGGACCAGAAAUGACCUGGCGGAAGUUGUUGCCCUCCUAAAGACACAAAUCGACCCUGAGCUGCUUAAAAAAGACCUGGAGAAGAAAAGUAAAGCAGAAGGGGAGACGGACAAAGAUAAAGGCGACACUAAAAAGACUGAAGAUACAUCAGAUGAAGACCACAAAGAGAGAAAUGAAGAAACAAAAAACUCAGAGGUGAAACCAGAGGUCAGUCUGUCCCUAAACGGCGUUGUCGAAGCUAAACAGGAGCCAGAAAUCACCCCAGAAAACAUCAGCACAAAAGCUCAGAGCAUCAAAGCGGAGCCGGAGGAGCCGGCAGACUGUAAAGCCACACUUAGCGAACCAGCGCCCCCCUGUGGAGCUGUGAAAGAAGAGGUAAAGAAGAGCGUCUUGGAGGAGAGCCAGCACCCCACAAGAAACGACCAGCAAGCCAAAAUCCCCCUGAAGAAAAGGGGAAUGAAGUUCCCUGAGGACUUUGAGAAACCCGGAACUGUAACGGUCCAAAACCCAUCGGUCCCAGAGUCGAGUCUAGAGCAGAAGAUUCCUAGAAGAAAUGAUCAGGUUAACGGCGAAGUUCUGCUGCAGUCAGAGAAAGAAGCUGAGGAGCAGCCUAAUAUAGAUAAAUCCAAGGAAAACGUUCCUCCGGCUGCGGAUGAGGCGAAAUUACUCCAGGAUGACUCGACAAAAAGAGAAGAACGUGAAGCACAGAAAUCUUCCCCCCAACCAGCAUCUGUAUUUAAAACCAGGGAGAAACCCUCCAAUCAGGAAGAGGCAGAAACAAAUGGAGCAUCUAAAUCUACAGAUGGUGGAGAUUCUUCUACAAUCAAACCAACCACAGAGAAAGAGGAUGAAAAAAUCAAGUUAGACAAGUUAAAUCAUGAAGUUAAGUCUGAAGAGUCGGAGGGAAAGUCAUCCUGUGUGGAGAUGGACACGUCUGAGUCGAACCAGAGAAAACAAUCAGCUAAUACAGAGACGGUGGUUAACAAGUCUGAUUCCUCUGAACCUAAAGGGAAGGAGGGAAACCUCGAAACAUCAGAGAGGGAGUCUAACGAGACAGAGCAUGAAGAAAAGGAGCCUACAGGGAAAGAUCCAGAACCCACAGAGGAUAAUGUGGAGAAAUCAACCCAGUCCAAAUCCACUACAUUACCAUGUGAUGAUGGCAAAACAGACAACCGGGUUAUUAAGGACAAAUCGGCGGAGAAAAAGAAGCCAAGUUGUGUCAAAAAAGACGAAUCUGAAUCAUGUCAGCUCAUCAAGCAGAGCGAUGAUGUCAAAGAGACGAGCUCAGAAAAGCAAGAAGGCUUAAAGAAAGAUUUAAACUGCAAAGACGGUACGAUAUGCGUUUCCACGCCGACUGAGGAAGAGCAAUCUGGCGAUAAACACAAUCUGACAAAGGCACAAGACGGUGAUGAAAGAGAGAAGGCUGAUCACAAGUCAGGCAGAGACUGUGAACCGACGGAGAAGCCGCCCAGUCCUGCUGAGAAGGAAAAACCCCUUAAGGAAACCGAAACACAAGCCGAAAAGAAAGAAGAGGAGAAAGCGGCGCCGUCCAAGGAUGACGCCAACAAUGAGAGCAAAAGCGACUCUCAAAAUAAAGACGCUCUACGUGACAAAGGGAAAGAAGGGGAUUUUUUAAUUGACGAGCCGGAAAAAAGUGAAAAAACUGUUCAAGAAGUUCAGAAACAAAACAAAACCUUAACGAACCACGAGGAGUCCAGGCCAACAAAUUCAAGCCCAGACUCCGAAUCCUCAAAAGAAGCGGAGGAAAAGCAAACCAAAGGAGCAGCAGACGAUGCACCUGCAGAGCAGGACUGUGAUAGGAAACACGACCGGGUGCAGAACGGUGGUAGCGCUUUGUCUCAAGGGGGCGCGCGGCGAAGAAACAGGCCCCCUGUGCACCGGAGGAGAGCCGAGCUCCAGGCAGAGGAGCGCCAGGGAGACUCUGAGUCAGACACCAACACGGGGAGGUGUCUGAGGAGGUCGCCGAGGAUUUCCAGACCAACGCAGAAGGCCGUGGAGGUCCAGGAGAAAAAGGCAGAGAAGCCUCAGCCUGCUCCUCUGCCUCAGAAGGAUGAAGAAGACGGAAAAGCAGAAGAGGAGGAGGAGGAGGAAGAGGUCAAAACUGUUCAAAGGAAACCCAAAGAGAAAAAGGCCGAUCAGGAGAACCAGUCCAAACCUAAUGGGAGAAAAAGACGGAGAACGCGGUGGUCCAACACGCGAACCCGCCGGAAAAAGAAAAGCUCCGACGACGAGCAUGAAAACAGCGAGGAGGAGGAGGAGAGCGAGGAGGAGGAGAGCGAGGAGGAAGACGACGACAGCGACGAAGACUACAAGGUGGAGCGAAACAGGAAAAGGAGGAACCGGAACAGACAAAGGCGGAACUCGGACUCUUCCACGUCUUCUGACGACGGCCUACCUCCAAACGACGACCCCUGCAAACACUGUGGUCUUCCAAACCAUCCUGAGCUGAUCCUCCUGUGUGACUCAUGUGACAGCGGCUACCACACAGCCUGCCUCAGGCCUCCUCUCAUGAUCAUCCCAGACGGAGAAUGGUUCUGCCCGCCCUGUCUGCACAAGCAGCUCUGUGAAAAACUGGAGGAGCAACUCCAAAACCUGGAUGCUGCCUUGAAAAAGAAAGAACGGGCCGAGAGGAGGAAGGAGCGGCUAAUUUAUGUUGGAAUCAGCGUUGAAAACAUCAUCACGCCGUCGGUGGAGGUGGAAGAAGAAAAGCCUCAGAUCGUUAUCAAGGAGAAGAAAGAAACCAAACGGAGUAAGAGCUGGGGCCGCAGGUCAACGAGGGCCAAGAAAAGCAUCAGCUACAGAUUCGAUGAGUUUGACGAAGCGAUUGAGGAGGCCAUUGAGGAAGACAUCAAAGAAGCAGAAGGUGGAGGAGCUGGUCGAGGUAAGGACAUGGCAAACAUCACGGGCCACAGGGGCAAGGACAUCUCAACCAUCCUCCAAGCAGAGGAAGGUAAAGAGAACGGCCGUCCACCGCGAGCCAACGCCGCUCAGCGCCGGAAGAAACGCCGGCGACUCAACGACCUGGACAGCGACACUACUGUGGACGAAGAGGAGAGCGAGGAGGAGUUUUGUCUCAGUGAAAGCUCAGAGGAAGAGUUUGUCGUUUCCGACAACGAGACGGAGCCAGAAACUGAUGCGGACUCGAAUGGCAGUGACUUCGGCAGCAACCGCGGCGGUAGGCGCCACGCUUCGGCAUUUAGCAGAAGGCCACAGAAGCGCAGGCAGAGCUCAAGAAAGAGGAGGAGACCGAAAUGGUACUCUGAUGAUGAAGAGGAAGAGACGGAUGAUGAGGUGGAAGAGGAAAUAGAGACGGAGCGUUCGAGCGAUUAUAGCGACAGCGAUCUGGACAUGAGUCGGCGGCGGUCUCGACGGAGUCACAAGAAGGAAGUAAACUACCGCGAGACGUCGGAGUCCGAAGGUUCUCAGGCUGAAAGUAACCGGGCCAAAAUGAAGCCCAGACGGUUCCGGCAGAGCUCGGACAGCGACGCGAGUUUCUCCAGAGAUUCUGAAGAAUCGUCUAAGGAACCGAAGUUGAAGAGAAGAGUCGACUCCUCAGAAGAUGAUUCCCGGCAGCGACGUAGACGCUUGGCUCUAAAACGCAGGAGAGCGUCUGAAGAGGACGACUCGGACUCGGACGACUCUUCAGAGGAGGACCGGCCCAUUCGCAAGCGGGUAAACCGCAUCGACUCGGACGAUGAGGAGGAGGAGGAGCUGGCAGAAAAGCCUAAGGAGGAGGAGCCAAAGGGAACAAACUCGUCGGACCGCCGCCCAACAGAGCCUCAAUCAGCGAAUGGACAGAGCACCACAAAGAACUUUGACGGCCCCGGCAGCCGCCCUGCCGUCGCCGACGCUCCGGGUCUCAUUCCACAACCGGACACGCUUAAAACUGUUGUUCCCACAGCAGCCGUUGUCGCCGCCCCGAACGGACUGGUGGGGCAGGAAGCGGCGGCGCAGGAAGACGACGAGGACGACCUGUUGGGAGUCACAGACUUGGUGGACUACGUCUGCAGUAACGAACAAUUGUAAAAAUAUAAAAAAAA